AUGAGACAAGGUUAUCGACUGGAUGUCCGCCAAUCUGUGGCCGCAGAAGACCGUCGGCCCCACCCUUCCCUCCCUGUACCUGGACAAGCGCCUCCCCAACGACAACGCGUAUGGCGUCAACCUCUUCACCCCGAUCACCACCUCCACCGUCUCCGUCGCCACCGCCACCCGCCCCGCUCCGUGGUCUACGUCUCCUUCGGCAGCAUGGCCGACCUCGACACGUCCCAAUUCGCCGAGCUCGCCCACGGCCUUGCCCUCGCCGACCACCCCUUCAUCUGGAUCGUCCGAUCUACCGAGCAGCACAAGCUCCCUCGGGAUCUAAUGGACUCGAUCCGCUCGGAGGAAGCUCUAAUCCUCCCGUGGUGCAAUCAACUGGAGGUCCUCGAGAGCGACGCGAUCGGAUGCUUUGUCACGCACUGCGGGCUCAACUCGGUGAUCGAGGCGGUCUGCCCGGGGGUCCCGAUGGUGGCGAUGCCGCAGUGGACGGACCAGCCGACGAACGCCAAGUUCGUGGAGGAUGUGUGGAGGGUUGGGGUCAGGGCUAGGGCCGACGAGUCGGGGGUUGUUGGGAGGGAGGAGGUGGAGAGGUGCGUGAGAGAGGUGGUGGGAGGAGGAGGGAGAGGGAGAGAGGUGACGGAGAGCGCGAGGAUGUGGAUGGAGACGGCGAAGGCGGUGAUGGCGGAAGGCGGGAGCUCGGAUCGGAACAUCGAUGAGUUUGUGGAGGAGCUUUUGAGUCGUGCAUCAAUCGAGUAG